UUGCUUGUUAUAGUUGCCACUGUUUCAGCUAUUUUGAAACUCUCUCUCUCUCUCUCUCUCUCUCUCUCUUCCGCCACAAUUUAGGGAACAUACCCGCUUCUUUCUGCGACCCUUAUCGCUGGUUUAUCAUAUUUGGAGUUUGUUUACUAUCUGUAUUCGUUUGUUUUUGUUUUUGUGUGAUUUUCUCCUUCAAAAUCGCUCCUUUACCAAUUCCAACAAAACAACACCUUUAGAAUAUCAAAUCAAGUUUCAUAUUACACACAGCAAUGUGUUGUUAAGGAUCUGGUUCCUUCUUGAUGAUGACAACCUCUUCAAUUCCCAUUUUGUCUCUUCUAUCAAAAACCACAACUUUUUAUUCUUAAAAAAAGCUAAAAAGUUUCAUAGUUGCUUCUACCUUUCAAAGAUCUAUUUUAUCAUCAUUGGGAUUUGAAGGUAUCAUUGGUGAAGAUGGAUUUUGAAGGUGAGGUUAUUAGGACACCAAAGAGAGAAUUGGAAGGAGGAGGUAUGAAUUCAAAGAUGAAGGGUGCUGGAAACCAAAGUAGUAAAGAUAUGAUUUUCAGAGCUGAUAGAAUUGAUCUCAAAAGUUUGGAUGCUCAAUUGGAAAAGCACUUAAGCAGGGUUUGGUCAAGAAACACCAAUGAGACAAAAAGGCCUAGAGAAGAAUGGGAGAUUGAUUUAGCAAAGUUGGAUUUGCGAUAUAUUGUUGCUCAUGGGGCUUAUGGUACUGUCUAUAGAGGCACAUAUGAUACACAAGAUGUUGCAGUGAAAGUGUUGGAUUGGGGUGAGGAUGGUGUUGCCACUGCUGCGGAAACUGCUGCUUUACGUGCAUCUUUUAGGCAGGAGGUUGCCGUCUGGCACAAACUCGACCAUCCAAAUGUCACAAAAUUUGUUGGAGCUUCGAUGGGAACUUCAAAUCUUAAGAUUCCUUCAAAAAACUCUUCAACCGACAAUCAAGAGACACAUCCUUCUAGGGCAUGCUGCGUUAUUGUCGAGUUUCUUCCCGGCGGAACACUAAAACAAUAUUUGAUCAAAAAUAGGCGGAAGAAACUUGCUUAUAAGGUUGUGGUUCAGCUGGCUUUGGACCUCUCCAGAGGUCUUAGCUAUCUACAUUCGAAGAAGAUUGUUCAUCGUGAUGUUAAGACGGAGAAUAUGUUGCUAGAUGGUAGCCGGAAUCUAAAGAUAGCUGAUUUUGGUGUUGCUCGGGUUGAAGCUAUGAAUCCAAGCGACAUGACUGGUGAAACUGGAACCCUUGGAUAUAUGGCUCCUGAGGUUUUGGAUGGUAAACCUUACAACAGGACAUGUGAUGUCUAUAGCUUUGGCAUUUGCUUGUGGGAAAUUUAUUGCUGUGAUAUGCCUUAUCCAGAUCUAAGUUUUGCUGACGUGUCUUCUGCUGUCGUCCGUCAGAAUUUACGGCCUGAAAUGCCGAGGUGCUGUCCGAGUGCAAUGGCGAACAUCAUGCGGAAAUGCUGGGAUGCAAAUCCAAACAAACGUCCCGAAAUGGACGAGGUUGUGAAAAUGCUAGAAGCACUGGAUACAAGCAAAGGUGGUGGAAUGAUACCGGAUGAUCAAGCUUCAGGUUGCUUUUGUUUUGCCCCGAGUCGAGGUCCUUAAUUACCGGAAUCCUUGAUCACUAUGUUUAUAUUGUUCAUGAGAGAUGAGGUGAAACAUAGAAAUUGGCAAAUCGGUAUUUUAUGGUUUUGCCAGUUUUAUAGCUUUAACAGUUACCAUUCUUUCCUUUGCGAAGGAAAGAAUAAUUGUAAACAGAAAGGAAGAGAAUUGUUUUUUAUUAUUGUUUUUUUAUUUUCCUUUCUUAAAAAAUGCUGAAGGAGCUAAUUUAUUGCUUCUUAGAUAUAUUGUAUUUAGCACUGAAAACUGGUUUCAUUUAUGCAUGAAAAAGCGUUAACCAAAA